AGGGUGGAUGCGGUGAGCGGGGGAGUGUCCCGGCCAGAAGGAUGCACCGCUGCAGGACCGGGCGUGCAGGAGCCAGCCCCGGCUAUAUAAGGGGCGCGCACGGCCGCCGCGUCAUAGUCGCCGGCGGAGCGCAGCGACGGACGGUCUCCGCGACAUGUGCGACCCACCGCUCAACGCGACGAACUUCAGUUUUUACGAAAGUUUGUCCGAAGCUAAUUCCACUUUCGCCGCCAACCUUACGCUUUUCGAUUACGUCGUCGAGCAGGUAGCGGGCUUGUUGAACGUCUACUAUACGCCGCUGUUAGUAGUCUUGGGUUCCCUCGGCAAUCUCGUGUCCGUUUUCGUAUUCUACAGCAGCAAACUCCGGUUGCAGUCAACCAGUCAGUAUCUCUCCGCUUUGGCACUAUCCGACACUGUUUUCCUAUUUCAACUGCUGCCGCCUUGGUUAAACGCUCUGCAGAUAACGGGACUGUUUCACUUGUGGGGCUUCUGCCAGGUGUUCGUAUACAUAUCGUACGUGACGUGCUGCUUGAGUGCUUGGUUGGUGGUGGCAUUUACUGUGGAACGGUUCGUGGCGGUGCUGUACCCCUUGCGAAGGAACGCAGUGUGCACAGUAGCGCGGGCACGGCACGUCAUCGGAGCGCUCGCAGCCGCUGCGUUGCUGCUGAACGUACCUGUACUGCGCUUCGCCAUCCCUACCACCAAUGAUUGCAACAUCGACUACACGUAUCUGGAGCAUGCGGCCCGGUUUAAUCUGGUGGAUACUGCGGUUACAUUUACUGUACCACUCGCUGUAAUUAUAAUCCUGAACACAUGGAUAAUGAUCGGGGUAUGGAAGCUGGAGCGAGCGAGGCAUCAACUGAUAAAGGCGGAGCAGCCAGUGGGGAGGCGGCCGCGAGCCACGCGCAUGGUGGGCUGCCCGCGCUCGCAGCAGCGUGUCACCAGGAUGCUGCUCAUCGUGUCGUCCGUGUUCGUCGUGCUUAACCUGCCGGCGUACACCAUGCGUAUCUUAGCCUAUGCUAUCGACCUGAGCGCUGCCGAGUACAGCGGCCGUUGGACAGCGUUGCAGCAGGUGGCGUUGCUGUUCUUCAACAGCAACUUCGGCAUAAACUUUGCGCUGUACUGCCUGAGCGGGCAGAACUUCCGGCGCGCGUUGCGGCAGGCUCUGCCGUGCCUGCGCCGGCGAGCGAGGCGCGGUGUGGCCGUACGCCGACCCACUUCGUUUAACCCGGCGCGUGCGAGCAGCGUCUCAAGUAAGUUUUAUGCUCGCUUCGACUCAUUCACAUAGACCAGUGUUUCCUAACCUUUCGAAUAUUGCUACCCCUGUAACCUAUUAGGAAAACAGAUUUUACCCCGACUUCAAGAUGUUAUCAACAGUUCAAGAAAUUCCAAUCUGGCCGCUACAUCUUCGUCUCUAACAAUGUCAUCAUCAGGAGAAAAUCUCAACCCGCUUCCCACACUCAGCACCGCGGGCUCGCUAGCAAGAAGGAGCGCAUGCUCUAUUUAGUAAUAUUAUUAUAUAGUAUUUUCUUAUUAUUUAGAUUUGACCAAAUAAUUAGGUUCUUU